AUGCAAUUUGAUACAGUAGAUGCUGCAUUUCAAUUUUGGCGUAAGUAUGGAGGCCGAACUGGUUUUGGGGUUCGAAAAGUGUAUGCAAAUAAGAGUCGAAUAGAUGGACAAAUUACUACAGUUAGAUUUGUGUGCUCAAAAGAGGGUAAUCGAGUAGCAGAUAAACGAGAUCAUCUAACAAAGAACCCUAGAGCAGAAACAAGAACAAACUGUCUUGUACGAUUGGGACUGCAAUUCAAUAGAGAAAGUAGCAAGUUUGAGGUUCAUGAUUUUGUACAUGAGCAUAAUCAUCUUCUGCAUACUCCAGAAACGUGUCACAUGAUUCUAUCUCAACGGAAUCUAACAGAUAGCCAAGCUAUUCAUAUUGAUUUUGCCGAUGACUCUAGACUUAAACCAAAGGCUGCACACCAAUUUUUCAGUCAACAAGUUGGUGGGAAGGAAAAUCUUGGAUACACUGAAACAGAUAAAAAAAACUACUUAAGAAGUAAGCAGCAAAAGGAUAUGGCAUAUGGAGAAGCAGGCAGCCUCCUAAGAUAUUUACACAAUCAAUCUUGUGAGAAUCCCUCAUUCCAAUAUGCUGUACAAUUGGAUAGUGAAGAACAGAUUACAAAUAUAUUUUGGGCAGAUACAAGAAUGAUUAUUGCUUAUGCUCAUUUUGGUGAUGUCAUUACUUUCGACACCACAUACAGUACUAAUAAAGAAUAUAGGCCUUUUGGGGUAUUUUCUGGGUUUAAUCAUCACAGAGAAACUGUACUAUUUGAAGCUGCACUCCUUUAUGAUGAGACAGCUGAAUCUUUUAAGUGGUUGUUCCAGACAUUCUUAGAAGCACAUAAGCAAAAAAAGCCAAAGACUAUAUUUACAGACGAAGAUCCUGCAAUGGCAAACGCAUUGGCCGAGGUGCUUCCAGAUAUGUUAAAUGGAGUAUGUAGUUGGCAUAUAAUGCAAAAUGGAAUCAAGCAUUUGGGAUACCUGAUGAAGGAUGGCUCAUUUUUUCUUACAGAUUUUGCAGCAUGCAUGUAUGAGCACGAGGAAGAGAAAGAAUUUGAAGAUGCUUGGAAUGCUAUGCUAUGCAAAUAUAAUGUUUGCAGCAAUCCAUGGUUGGAAAAGAUAUAUGAAAUUAAGGAGAAAUGGGCUAAAUGUUACAUGAAAGAGGUAUUUACAAUUGGUAUGCGAAGUACACAGCUUAGUGACAGCCUGAACAGUGAUUUAAAAGCUUACUUAAAGUCAGACAUGGAUAUCAUGCGUUUUUUUAAACAGUUUGAAAGGGUCGCUAAUGAAAAGCACUAUAAGGAGAUAGAAGCUGAGUAUAAUUCUAGGCAAAAGUUACCGAGAGUGAAGGUACAAAAAUCACCUGUACUACAACAAGCAGCAAAAAUCUACACUCCAUCAAGUAUUUCCAAGAAGAAUUUGAUUGGUCUUCAGCAGCUAUUAUAA